AUGUCGAUUAAUGUAGGCCUAAUAGGUAGCGGACUCGUAGGCACAGCUCUCCUCGAACAACUAGCAUCUCACGGCUCUCCCAAAAUCAACAUCAUCGCAAUACUAUCCACAUCUAAACUAAUACUUCACACUCCUACACCAUCAACACCCGGUCUAGACUUGUCGAACUGGAAGAAGCAACUCCCAAAAGCCAAACCAGCAGAUUUACACAUCUUUGAAGAACAUCUGGCUCGUAAUGGGCCCAGUUGUAUCGUGGAUUGCACUGCAAGUGCCGACAUUGCGUCAAAAUAUGUCGGGUGGAUGAAGAGGAACAUUCAUGUUGUCACGCCCAACAAGAAGGCAUUCUCCGGUGAUUUUAAGGUCUGGAAGGAGAUUAGAAGUAUACACGUGUCUGGGAAGGCAUUGUGUUUUCAUGAAGCUACAGUUGGUGCUGGUCUACCAAUCCUAUCCACUCUAUACGACAUGAUUGCAACAGGCGAUGAAGUCGUGAAAGUCGAAGGCAUAUUCUCAGGAACACUAUCAUACAUCUUCAACAACUUUUCAUCCACAUCCUCAGCCUCAUCAUCCACAUUCUCACAAAUCGUAAAAGGUGCCAAAGAGCUAGGAUACACUGAACCAGACCCGCGUGACGAUCUCAACGGAAUGGAUAUGGCCAGAAAAGUAGUCAUAUUAGGACGUAUAGCUGGCUUGAAUUUGUCGCUAGAGACUCUUGAUGUGGAGAAUAUUGUACCUACUGAAUUACGAUCGUGCCCUACCGCAGAUGAGUUUAUGAGUAAAUUGCCUGGUUCGGAUGAUCAUUUUAGAGCGUUGAAUUAUUUGGCGAGGGCUGGUGGUGAGGUGUUGAGAUAUGUGGGGGUUGUGGAUCCGAAGGGAGCUAGUUCUGUCAAGUUGAUGAGAUAUCCAGCCUCACACCCGUUUGCCGGCAUGAAGGGCAGUGACAAUGUUAUUGCUAUUACUACCCAAAGAUUCCCAAAUCCACUCAUCAUACAAGGUGCAGGUGCUGGUGAUGCUGUCACCGCUUUUGGAGUGUUUAGUGAUCUGCUCAAAGUCUGGAGCAGUGUCGCAAAGUAG